AUGGCCGAACAACCGUUUGCCAUUGAAAAGGUUCACGACGGUGUGUACUUGUUACAUGAGAGAUUCUAUGAUUCCCCAAACCAAGCCAACAUCUGGCUUGUUCAAGGAUCAUCCAAAGAUUUGGUUAUCGACACUGGCUUGGGGAUAUGGAACUUGCCAGGCUUUCUCGAGCAACAAGGCCUGAUCGGCCCGAAACCUGUACAAGCGGUCGCGACUCAUAUUCAUUUCGAUCACUCCGGAGAUUUGCAUCAGUUCGAAAAGUUCUCCAUCCACAGCCUAGAAGCGGAAGCAAUUCGCCAAGGCGAUAACUUCGUCACCUCGACGCUUUUCUUUAGCGCGUCCGAAAUUGCUGUACCCCCAUACCAGGGGUGGAAAAUAUCGGAAUAUAGGGUCAAGGCGGCGGAACCGUAUACCGUCGUAGAGGAAGGUCAUGUCUUUGAUCUUGGCGACCGGAGCUUGCGGGUUGUUCAUCUGCCCGGUCAUACCCCAGGGAGUAUUGGUUUAAUCGAUGAACGCGCCAGGAUUCUGUUCACCGGAGACGUGAUGUACGAGAGUGACGCUUUGAUUGACUGGUUGCCACAAAGCAAUAUAAAUGCCUACGUUCAGUCCUGCAGAAGACUACAAGAUCUUUCCAGUCAUGUCGACUGUGUGUUUCCCGGACACUCGGUUAUGUUCGACGGUAGAAGGCUUCAUUUCCUAGCAUCUGAGUACAUCUCAAGAGCUGGCGCGUGUCAUAAGGUUUUCACCACUCUAUUGAAGGGUGUAUCGUAUAUGGUACUUAAAGCAAAACACUCGGCUAACAUUCCUGCUAAUUGCUGUUACUAUGCUUGUUGCUGCUGCUGUUGUAUCGCUUAA